AUGACUUCUGACAUCGCUCAAAUGUAUCGGCAAAUCUGUAUUCAUCCGGAUCAUCACAAAUUUCAACGAAUUCUUUACUAUCAUAAUAACAAUAUUAGCACUUUUGAACUUAAACGAGUUACGUUCGGGGUUUCUGCAGCCCCAUUUUUAGCUAUACGCACCGUAAACCAACUUGCUGAUGACGAAUCUCAUAAUUUUCCUGUAGCUUCAAAAAUAUUAAAACGAGAUCUUUAUGUCGAUAAUCUACUAACUGGAUCUAAUUCUUUGACCGAAAUUUUAAAAUUGCGUGAUGAAAUCAUUCAACUGGUGCGAAAAGGUGGAUUUGAACUCAGACAAUGGGCUUCAAAUCAUCGACAUGCACUGGAUAAUUUCGAUCAAAGAACUUUAGAUUUAGAUUGUGCUAUCAAUGAUGAUCCAAUUUCUAAAACUUUAGGCAUUGCAUGGAAUUCUCUAACGGACGAAUUUAUUUACACAGUCAAACCAAUUGACUCGUCGCGAAAAAUAACUAAGCGAACCAUCUUAUCUGAUAUUGCAAAAAUUUUCGACCCUAUCGGAAUUCUGGGUCCUAUAGUAUUAGCGGCAAAAACUAUCAUUCAAGAAUGUUGGAAAUUAAAGGUCCACUGGGACGAAGCGGUCCCACAAGAGCUACAUUUACACUGGUGUAAAUUUGCUGAACAAUUACCUCUGGUUAAAGAUUUUUCUAUUGAGCGCAAUAUUUUACUUCCCAAUCCGACUGACAUACAAUUGCACGGAUUUUGUGACGCUAGUAAAGUGGGCUAUGGUGCUUGUAUUUAUAUAAGAUCAGUAAAUGAACGCGGAAACAUACUCACAAAAUUAGUUUGUUCUAAAUCUCGAGUUGCUCCCCAUCAAAGAUGUUACAAUUCCAAAAUUAGAAUUAUGCGGAGCAUUAUUACUUGCUAA